ACAACUCUAUAAAUACUGGUCCCUUUUGUGUGAACCAUCUCUGAACUCUUUGGGAAUAGCUCGACUCCUCGGGACCUGUCUGUACUCAGGUUGGAGUGUGUGAUACUCAGGUUGACGUGUGUGAGGUCAGGAACAAUCAGUGGACAGUGUGUGUGUGAGGAACUAUUCAGUCAAGAUGGUUUCCCAGGGGAUCCAGAUCAUGGGCAUCAUCAUGUCGUUGAUCGGCUGGUUGAUGGUCAUCAUCGUGUGUGCCCUGCCUAUGUGGAAGGUCACAGCCUUCAUCGGAGCCAACAUCGUCACGGCCCAAACCAUCUGGGAGGGAAUGUGGAUGAACUGUGUUGUGCAGAGCACUGGCCAGAUGCAGUGUAAGAUCUACGACUCCAUGCUGGCACUACCCCAGGACCUCCAGGCCGCCAGAGCAAUGAUCAUCAUCUCCAUCCUGACAGGUAUCUUCGGCAUCUGCCUGUCGAUUGCAGGAGGGAAAUGCACCAACUGCAUAGCAGAGGAGGGAUCCAAGGCUAGAGCCUGUAUUGUGGCUGGAGUCCUCUACAUCAUCUCAGGCAUCCUCUGCCUCAUCCCAGUGUCCUGGUCAGCCAACACCAUCAUCAGGGAUUUCUACAACCCCAUGCUGAUCGAGGCCCAGAGGAGGGAACUGGGGGCGUCUCUGUAUAUAGGCUGGGGUGCUGCAGCACUGCUGCUGAUGGGAGGGGGGCUGCUGUGCUGGAACUGUCCCCCCAAGCAGGACCACCACUAUCCAGCCAAGUUCUCUCAGGUCAGAUCCACCUCCUCCGGACCCAUGCAAUAUGUCUGAGAUGUUCAUGUCAGUGUCAUGUUAAAGAUCUACUUAAUCAAAUUGAAUUUAAAUGAGGACACUAAAGACAGUUCUCAUAACAAAAACUGUGAGAGUUUUAAAUCACAAAGAACUUGAAUGGGUUUGUUGAGUUAAAAUAAUGUUACGAGUUAUGUUAUAGUUAUAAUAUAAGUAUUUUAGUUUUUUUUAAACAGCUGAUGUUCUCUACUACUGAAGUACCCUGUUAAUAUCCUUUAAUGUCAGAUUAAAUCCAUGAGGUUAGGAAUACUGUAUAUCAAGUUAUGUCUCCAUUUUGGCACUGUCUUAACAUUGUUCCUGUGAUUUAAACAAGUGUGUCAUCAUUGUAAAUAAACUGUACAAUAUAAAUAUAAUACGUCUGUAUUA